ACCCAUGCGGGGCUUUCGAGUUGCACAUCUCAGACGCCCCCCAACUACCUCUGGCUCCCGGGGGCGCGCCUGUCCCUCCGAGGCCUCGGGCCCAGCUGGGGGUGAGGUUCCCGCCGCGGUCCCAACUUUCCCCUUCCCAGCAAGCGCAGAGUUGGCCGGCGGGGGUGCAGAGGCGGCCGGCGGGGGUGCAGAGGCCGGAUCUCCACUGCCCUGGUUUACGCAGGCUCCAGGCUGCAUCCCCUCCCCACCCCCCCGCCCCUCCUCCCGCUCUUCCUCCCGCCCCGGACGAUUCUUUCUUCGGCUCCGCUUUUAAACCCAACCUUAAUCGUUCGGAGCGCGCGGGCGGGAGAGGCGAGGAGGGCGAGCUCGGGGUUCGCCGCCGCCGCGCGCGCUCAGGAAGCAGCGUGGCUUUGCCCCCUCCCAGGCCUCCUUCCCCCUCCUUCCUGCCCCUGCUCCCCCUCCUUCCUCCCCUCCUCCCGCCCCGCCGCCCGCGCCCCGAGCCUCUACUCCCUCCCCACGUCACUCGCCAGCGCGCCAUGCAAAUCACCGCCGCCGCCGGCUCCCAUUGGCCGCGGCGCGCUCAUUUAAUGGCAGCCCGGGCCCGGCGUAUGGCUGCUGGGCCCCGCGCGCCGCCGGCCCCGCGUGCGCCUCCGCUCCGAGCGCACGGCCUCGGGCAGGCAGUGGGCAGCCAGUCCCGGGCUCGGCGGCCCCGCUCUCAGGCCCUCUCCGCGCGCCUGCGCUCCCGGCGCUGCCCCCUGCCCCCCUCCCCAACGGCCCCCCUCCGCGCCCCCCUCGGCGCCUCGCUCCCCCCGGGCACCUGGGACCGGCACAUGCCCAGCGCACGCGGCACGCCGCGCUGCUAGAAGUUGCAGCCCCGGAGUUGGGAGGCCGCCGAGGACCCAGUGCAGGAGGAAGGAGGCAGCGCGCGGCGGCGGCCGGCGAGGAGGAGGCAGAGAGCCCGGGGCCAGGCCCCGCGCACCGCUCGCGUCCCGAAAAGUGGAGCUGCAACUUGGCCACGACUGCACCUGUUUGCACCGCUCGGCCGAGGCGACCGGGCUGCGGCGGCGGCGGCGACCCCGGCCAUCGCCCCUCUCCGGCGAGUGGUUGGAGCACGAGGAGAAACUUUGCACCUGUGAGCCGGACCUGCGCUGAGUGCGUGUGUUUUUGCCUCUUGUUUUGUUGUCAGUGCUUCCUCCUCCCCCCACUCUUCUCUCUGCUAGGACUUCUCCCCCUCCCCACGUCUCGCUCCGUUCCACUGAGCUCCUGUCCAUCCCUCACCCCCCCCCCCCGGCCGUCUAUGCUCCUGGCCCUCCCCGCGCGGUGCCGGUGAACCCGCGGGCCGCCCCGAUGUACAGCAUGAUGAUGGAGACCGACCUGCACUCGCCUGGCGGCGCCCAGGCCCCCACGAACCUGUCGGGCCCGGCCGGGGCGGGCGGCGGCGGCGGCGGGGGCGGCGGCGGCGGCGGCGGCGGGGGGGGCGCCAAGGCCACCCAAGACCGGGUCAAGCGGCCCAUGAACGCCUUCAUGGUGUGGUCCCGCGGGCAGCGGCGCAAGAUGGCCCAGGAGAACCCCAAGAUGCACAACUCGGAGAUCAGCAAGCGCCUGGGCGCCGAGUGGAAGGUCAUGUCCGAGGCCGAGAAGCGGCCGUUCAUCGACGAGGCCAAGCGGCUGCGCGCGCUGCACAUGAAGGAGCACCCGGAUUACAAGUACCGGCCGCGCCGCAAGACCAAGACGCUGCUCAAGAAGGACAAGUACUCGCUGGCCGGCGGGCUGCUGGCGGCCGGCGCGGGCGGCGGCGGCGCGGCCGUGGCCAUGGGCGUGGGCGUGGGCGUGGGCGCGGCGGCCGUGGGCCAGCGCCUCGAGAGCCCGGGCGGCGCGGCGGGCGGCGGCUACGCGCACGUCAACGGCUGGGCCAACGGCGCCUACCCCGGCUCGGUGGCGGCGGCGGCGGCGGCCGCGGCCAUGAUGCAGGAGGCGCAGCUGGCCUACGGGCAGCACCCGGGCGCGGGCGGCGCGCACCCGCACGCGCACCCGGCGCACCCGCACCCGCACCACCCGCACGCGCACCCGCACAACCCGCAGCCCAUGCACCGCUACGACAUGGGCGCGCUGCAGUACAGCCCCAUCUCCAACUCGCAGGGCUACAUGAGCGCCUCGCCCUCGGGCUACGGCGGCCUCCCCUACGGCGCCGCGGCCGCCGCCGCCGCCGCCGCGGGCGGCGCGCACCAGAACUCGGCCGUGGCGGCGGCGGCGGCGGCGGCGGCCGCGUCGUCGGGCGCCCUGGGCGCGCUGGGCUCGCUCGUCAAGUCGGAGCCGAGCGGCAGCCCGCCCGCGCCCGCGCACUCGCGGGCGCCGUGCCCCGGGGACCUGCGCGAGAUGAUCAGCAUGUACUUGCCCGCCGGCGAGAGCGGAGACCCGGCGGCGGCCGCGGCGGCCGCGGCGCAGAGCCGGCUGCACUCGCUGCCGCAGCACUACCAGGGCGCGGGCGCGGGCGUCAACGGCACGGUGCCCCUGACGCACAUUUAGGGACGCGGGGACACUGCGGCCCGCGCCCGCGACGCGCGAGGAGGAGCGCGCGGCCCGCCCGAGCGGCCUUGCUUUUGUACAGACGCUUCCACGGUCUCGGGAGGAGGAAGACACCGGCCACGAGCGCGGGCGACGCACGCCCUCGGCUCGCCUUCCCCGGAGCCCCGGGGGACCGCCGGGCGCGGACACAGCCUGCGGUCUGGUCUGACUCCGGUGUUUUCUUGAGACUUUUGUACAGUAUUUAUCGUUCACGGAGGAGGCAGAAAUCGUUUUCUUUGCUCGAGGGGACAAAGCCCAAACCCAGGGAGAGGCGACUCCAACUUCUCUAGCCCGGCCAGCGCGCCCGCUCUCAUCCUGCAUCGCUUCCUGCCGGCGUUUGGCGGCCCUAGACCCGGCGCCAGGGAGCUGCUCUCAUUUGUUAUCGAUGUAGUAAGGCAGAUCCAAACACUUACGAGUUUUUUGUAGUUGUUACCGCUUUUUUGGGUUGGUUUGUUAAUUUAUACAAAGAGAUCUCCCCACUCCUUUCAGAUGGCAGCGUUAUACCCUGGGUUUUUGUAAAACUUUCUGUAUCUGAGGAUUUCCAUUUUUUUUUUUGUUUUGUAUUAUUUCUUGUAAAUGCAUUGUGAAAUUUUUAUUUUAGGCGUUGCGGUGUGGGGAGGGGGAUUCAGAUUAUGUACAUAAUUUCCUAAAAAAGCCUUUCUUCUAAAACCGAGAAAAGACCUCUCCUUAAAAAAAAAAAAAAAGAAAAAAGAAAAAAAAAUGCAUCGAGUUUUGAGUCAAUAAAUUUAAGAGAGAAAAAAAAAAGCCCAGUUUCCCCCCAUAAUUUGGAACGUGCUAAUUUUAUAUGCAUGUUUUGUGAGCUCAAAAUACAAUUAGUAAAUCUGAUGGAGGAGGAAGAAAUUAUCAGCAUAAACUAAAAGUAAGGGUUCCUCAGGGGGGAGGGUACAAUCUUCAGGGAGCUUCUUUCAGUGGAAGGGAAGAAAGUUUAAAUCAUAGAUUAUUUUGUAAUGUUUACUGUGUUAAUACAGAUCAAGAAAUAAUUACCAGGAUAAAAAAACAAACAAACAAACAAACACCACCCCUCAUUUUAUAGUCUGGCUCUUUGGUGUGUUAUUUGUAACUGUGAGCUGACCCGGUGGGCUCUGCGUCCUCCAGCUGGCCUGGGAUCCGCCCAGUUUGGUCUGGAGGAGGAAGACCCCAAUGGCCGGACCGGCCUCAGAUGGAUGACAAAGACCACCGCAGGGUCACCGAUGCCCCCAGUUCCCCCUGCAAUUAACAAGAUGGCAAAUGGAGUUUAUCUGAAUUUGGCUCAAGGAAACACUCUUUGAACCAAAAUAUCCUGCAAUGGGGCCCACUCCCUCUCUCCUCAGCCCCUCCCUCUGGAUUAUUUCUCCUUGGGAAAGGGCAAAAGGAUCUUGAAUUCUCUCUCUCUGCCACCCCCCCCCACACACACACACAUUCACUCGACCACCCCCCAUCCCCAGAGUGAACUGGGGCACAUGGAAUGUGGCGUUUAUUAUUCUCGACGAGAUCAGAGGGUGUUUGAUGCUUUAAAUUUUUUAAUUCUAUUUUUUCUAGGUUGUUUAUGGGCACACUGCAGUUUUUUUCUGGAAUUUAAAGUUUUCUGUAAAACUUUGUCUUCAAGUAAUCUGACAGCAUUAAAUAUUGCAUUUAAAAGUUAUACUGUAGCCAAUACAUUUUGAACUUAGUCACAACAUAAAGAUGAAAUUAUAUUUUUGGAGGAAAAAAAAAAGCCUUGAGGCCACAUCAAAACAUGUUGAUUUCAUCAGCCUCA